UUUUGUUCUUUCUCCACUCGGGUGGUGACGCAGUGACCCUCCGCUUGUCGAGUAGAGAGCUUGUUUGGUUUUCGAUCGUGCACCGUAAUUUCUGCUGACAUCUUACACAGCUGGCGAGGACCAGUGAACUGCGCCUAGUGCUGUGUGCCGUGUGACCGCCCGGAGCCUCCGCCCGCCGUCGCCGUGCCCGCGAAGGAACCGGUCGUCGCCGCUCCCGUCUUCUCUUCCACCGCCGUCUGCGCCGCUGUCAGAGCAUGGACGAUCAGAGCCGCAUGAUGCAUCCCGUGAGCGGCCAAGUAGGCGUGAUGCCGCAGCCGUACGGGAUACAACCUGUGGAUCCCAGCCACGGGGCGCCCGCCACGCCGGACCAAGAGACCCGCAGGCAAGACAUCGGCGAGAUCCUGCAGCAGAUCAUGAACAUCACGGACCAGUCGCUGGACGAGGCGCAGGCGAGGCGGCUGGUCACGUGACCCCUAAGUCGGGCUCCCCUCCUCGGCCGGGCUCGGGUGGGCCUUGGAGCAAUCCGCCGGGCCCGCCGCCGCCCCGAGAGCAGAUCCCCGACUUCCCGCCCGUGCAGCCGCUGCACGGCGAGGACGACGACAGCGGCGACAGCAGCGACCCCGAGUCGGUCAAGCGCCAGAAGCUCUAGGAGCGACCACCGACGCCACCGCCGCCCGCACCGCUAUGAGACCGCACCACAAAGCAGCAGCAGCAGUAGCCGCCGCCGCCGCGGCCACGGACAAUCUGUGGAUUGGCGGACUUUUGACAAGAAGGACGGGGGCCCUCGCACGCACAUCACAUCUUCCUCGAAGAGACUAGUGUUGAUCAAGGAGCUGUGAUAGAUUGGCUGGCAAACCCCUCCCCCCCCCAAAAAAAAAGAAAAUGGCGUUUACUUACAUAAACGUGUGUGUGAAACGAAGAAAACUAUAAAUCGCAGAAAAAUUAAUAGAUAAAUCAAACAAAAACUAAGAAACAAAACAAAAGAACACCCUUUCCAAGGAACGAUUGAUGUGUGAGUUUGCACUGUGCAGCUUCUGCCCUUCUUGUCAUCUGCCAAGCCUCCACACUCGAACAACGAAAAAGCGCUGACCCUUAGAAGGAGCGCUCAUGGAGCAGUGGAGCCAGGGAGACGUUAUACCUCCAUGUUUCUAAUUAAGCCUUUGUGGCAUGACUUAUGAAAAAAGAGUCCUGGCUUGUUGUUUCUGAUCGUAUUGUGCGCACGUUUCGAAGCAUUUGCUUCCAGCUUCUAGAAAGCCAUAUGAAAGUUCCGCAGUGUUUUUAAAUCACUUUGUUCAUCCUAAUUCCAAGAGGAGUAAGAAUGAUCACUAUUUCAACAGCCCCUCUAGAACUGCUAGCCAAGAAAACAGAAGAAGUGACUUUGGCUGGCCAGUUAGACAGUUUGCCUUACAGUGGAGACUUUUUGUCUAUUUUCCCCCUGGGUCCUUUGCAUCCCACUGCUGGUUGUAGGAUGAAUCGAAUCCAGCAGAUUAUAACUUCUGUUACCGAGUGGCUAACGGUGCCCUGUCUUCAUGCUUGCACAGCCUGUCUUGUAACAAUGUAUACGAUUAUUUGAUACGAAGAUACUCUAAGCACCAUGCGUCAUUGCUGCAGUGGGGCCCGAUGCCUACCAGCCUGGCCUGUUGGCAGCGCUCUUGAGGAGAGACAAAAAGGUGGGGUUUCAAAAACUUUGGCUUUGGGACUUUCCAUGAAUCAUGUUAUGUUUAGUUGAGGGCAUGCGUACAGUCAGAGAAAUUUCAUAUGUGAAUAUUCAGAGUUCAAGCACAAUUUUAUAAAUAAAAUUCACUCCCAAGUGGAGAUGAACUGGUCAGGUUGUGUGGGCAUAGGGCGAGCAGGGAGGAGACUUGACAAGAGUCCUGUAAAGUAUACGUUCAACCUGGGUUCUUGCCCUUCUUCUUGCCUUGGACUUUACUGAUACUAAUCCUUUUCUGAGCAGCAAGCUGUGUAGCUGCAGUGAUCAAAGUAGUUUGGGGAACAAAUAACACUGAAAGGUGGUUUAGGGUGUGGGUUGUAUUCUGAUCUGUAAAUCAGAUGAUGUUACCAAGAAUGUGUCUUGGUGAAAAAUAAAAAAAAUAAGAGCUUGGAGCGUCACACUGCAAUAAAGAUUAAACACUCUAUUUUAUUCUUUUAAUGCAUAUAUUGUUGUGUUGUUGCUUCUUAACUUUAAUGUAGAAUAGAAUGAUUGCCAGAGGCAGCUGCUAACCUGCUGUGUGACGACCAGGCCUACAGUGUGGUGCUUGAUUGUCAAUAGAGUGUAGAGAUUGGCUUAUGCCUUGCAGGAGGACGAUUCUCCGUGACAGGUGACGGCUGGCAACGACUGACAAGCAUCCUGGCUGUUCAGGUUUGAUCAUACACCAGUAUACUACACAACUACUACUACGCAAGCAACUUUUGUACCUUUUGUAGCUCUGAAGGCCUAGGAGGCCAUUGUGGCUCUCAGCCAUGUUUUCUGCCCAGUGCCCUGCUGCUCACAAGAAUAAAUGGCAGCUCAUUUUUGAUAAAUGAAAAGUAGCAAUAUGGGUUAAUAUGUGAUGCACUAAUGUGCAACAGAUAUUGUUACAUGAGCUAAUAUGUCAGCCUAAUACUGUUUUUUAAAACUGAAUUUAAUGUUAUCUUUCAAUAUUAUUUUGUAUAAAUAUUUCUUUUAUGUCUCUUCCAAGCAUUUUGUAAUAAUAGUUAUUAAGGCAACAGUAGACAAUGGCUCUGCAUUAUACAACCUCCAGAGCAGAAUUUUAAGACAUACUUCAGUGCAAAACGUUUAUUGAAAAGUGUGAUGUAGUACAAUAAAUGUGAAUACUGUUAAUUUUUAAUUGCCAUGCAUGUCCAGCUCCGUGCUGUUCUUAGAAUUAAGAAUGGAAUGAACUUUGCAUGGAUUAUAUGCCUUUUGUGUUUUUUUUUUAGAAUAGCACAACUUCAUGAUGUGCCCACAUGUAAUAAAACAUUGUGGUUGUUUGGUUAGAGAAGCCAACUUGCUGCAACUGAGAGUAUGAUAAGUUAAAUCUUUGGUGUUUUUUAGUAUACUAGGUUGUAAUUCUUGUCUUAUGCUUUGUUCUUUUUACUAAACAGUUAUUAUACAUGUUCUGUCCAUAAUGAAUAUAUAAGAUAGUUUUAAUACACAAGCACAUGCAUAUUAGCAGCUAUAGGGGCAAGGGUACUAGCAGGAAGAGGCAAUUCUACUGAAAGCCUCAAGUGCUCCUGUGUUAUCUAUCUCUUCUUUUUGUUUCAUUUCAUUGUGUUACUGUAGCAGUGUGCGCAGUGGGAAAGUACUGAUGCAUUCAGAUAUACGAAAAAUGAUGAUCUGCUACAAAGCCAAGUUGAGGAAGCAGGCAUCCACACUACUUACUGGAACUCAAUCCCCCAAGAAUGUAUACGAUUUUUCAAUAUCAAAUUAUAGAUAUUCUAUACUUAUAUACUAAGAUUAACUAAGAUAAAUAAAUCCUGUAUGUACUUAUUUUGUUUCACAACACACUAGUACACAGUUGAAAUGUGAUGUCAGUUGUUAUUCACCAAGCCAUGUUAGAGAAGACAAUGCUCUUGUGCAAUUCAGUUUUUUAGUAGAAAGAAUUUUUCUUGACAAAUGUGUAGUAUAUAGCUAAAAGUAAGUAUUCUAAUGCUACAAAAAUUUAUAUUGACUUGAUGCAAAGUCUAUAGUUGUUUAAUUUCUGCUACAGUUCCAUUGUUAGAUGGAUAUAAAAGGAAGACAAAAAGUUUUCCAUCUGGGCAAUAACAUUACAUGUUUUCAAGAUGCACAAUAAUGGAGAAAAUUUUAAGCAAGCUCUUUUUAAGCAAGUGUUUUAGUACUUGCUACAUAAUAAGGGUUGUAAAUUAGAAUAUUGUAGGCUUUUUUCUUCAUUUUUUCACUACUUCAUGAAAUGUAUUUUUCUUGUCAUUCACUUUAUUGAAAUUGAAAAAUUUGAGCAGUAUGUCAAAGUCACAUUGAACUACAGAUGAUAAAUAUAUCCUAAUAAUGGAACUGGGCAGAAAUUCCUUCCAACAAAGUUAUUAGAGAUUUUUUUUAAAUACCUUUCUAUUUUGAAGCUCAAUGCAAACCUCAAUAUUGAAAAUAUUUUAAAGAAUCUCAUUUUGCUGUAUGCAAUAGAAGCUUUGGAAAAUUAAAUUAGUUGGUUGGUAAUUUGUACAGAUUUCAUAAUAAGAAUGGUUGUGUCACGAGACAGUGUAUCCACAAAUACAAAGCAAGUAAUAUAUUUUCACUGUUUGCACAGCAAAUAUUGUUAUUAAACUGUCUUUUUGAUAUCAUGUACAGUAAAUGUGUUCAUGGUUUCUCCCAGUAGAGAGCAGAUACAAGCUGCCAUGGAGUGAAUUUAAUAAUAUAAUUUCAAAUCAUUGUUUAAUUUUUAAUGCAUAUGUAUAUGAGUGAUGAAAAGUACAUUUUAAUUAAUCAUAUGCAGCAAUGCAUGUCUCAGUAUACGUCAAGAACAAACGAGAGUCCAAGUAUAUUUGUCCUCUUUCAUAUUCAUGUACACCUAGGGACUGGAAAACUGAACUGCAAACUCACAUUGGACUUUAUUAAUAUAUCUUUUUCAUGCUGUCAAAUCUAGUGUAGUAAAAUAGCAUCAGUUUUUCAGUCUCUGCAAGCUAAAAUAUUAGAAUUAUGGAAAUAUAUUACAGAGAAUGGGUAUGAUUUUUACGAAGAAAGUGUGAUGAUUGUCAAUUCUGACACAUACAAGCAACAGACUUUUCCUUGUCUUCAUGUACUAUUGGCAUCUGUAUGUAUUGUAAAUUUAUGCAGUUUUCAAAAUAUAAUAAUGGAUGUUGAA